GUUUCCUUCAGAAGUUCAAACUCCUCAGGAGAGCUCACCAUCAUGUCUUCAUUUCUCUUUCUCCUUGCUCUUUUUAUUUACUGCUCAGGUGUCACCUGCCAGUCAAUUUGCACUCAGCCUGCCUCUGAGUCUGUGGCACCAGGUCAAACCAUUAAACUCUCCUGUACUACUAGUGAUACUGGCUACUACGUUGGCUGGUAUCAACAGAGAUCAGGGCAGGCCCCUUGCUUUGUGCAGCGUGAGGGUGGCAGCAGGGGAGAAGGGAUCCCGGAUCGAUUCACGGCUUCUCGCUCUGGGAACAUUGGCUAUUUAACCAUCACCAAUGUCCAGGCUGGAGACGAGGCCAUUUAUUACUGUUGCAGAUGGUAUAGCAGUGCUAGUUCCACAGUGAUGCAAACUGAUGGGGAUCCACUGCCGACCGCGGGAGGAGGUGGUGUUGCGGGCUUCACGCCCCCAAUACGAGCGAGGAGGCUGGCUCCCAUCCCCCGCGUCAUCUGUGGAUUCCUCGGCCGCGUCAUCCCCGGGCCAGCCAAUCGGCUGGCCCCGGGGGUGUGGCUUGCCUCAUUUAAGGCAAAGAGGAGUGAGGAAGUUUCCUCCAGAAGUUCAAACUGCUCUGGAGAGCUCACCAUCAUGUCUUCAUUUCUCUUUCUCCUUGCUCUUUUUAUUUACUGCUCAGGUGUCAUCUCUCAGUCAAUUUGCACUCAGCCUGCCUCUGAGUCUGUGGUGCUGAGUCAAACCAUUAAACUCUCCUGUACAACCAGUAAUACUGACUCCUACGUUCGCUGGUAUCAACAGAGAUCAGGGCAGGCCCCUCGAUUUGUGCAGUAUGAGGGUAGCAGCAGGGGAGAAGGGAUCCCGGAUCGAUUCACCGCUUCUCGCUCUGGGACAAUUGGCUAUUUAACCAUCACCAAUGUCCAGGCUGAAGACGAGGCAGAUUAUCACUGUGGCAGAUGGUAUGGUGACACGUUCCACAGUGAUGCAACGUAA